AUGAGUUGCGCUGGAGACGAUGUUGCUGCCGUUAUGAAGGAGCUGGAAAAAGUAUUUGGUGAUAUGUAUGGAUCGUACCUGGACCGUUUAAAAAUGUUACGAAUGACCGCUGCUCCUACCUUCCGAUGCCAUGUCCAGAACGUUAAAGCGUUGGCAUCUAAACUACCGGAUGUUUCGGCUAGAGAGUUGUUGGCUGCCUUCUACGAAACGUUAGAUGACCAAGCGUUCAAAGAGAAGGUUAUAAACACGUUGCCUAAGACCAUAGAUAAAGCUAUCGAGAAUGCCGUGGAACUGCUCCAAGCUGGUACGGUCUAUCUGCAUAUGUAUAAUCCAGUAUAUACGAGUAUGCAGGAAACGUCGAUCCCUGUGUCUAAUGGUUCGACAGUUGCUGGUUUAAUGUCUCCAUAUAAGAUACCAAACUCUACCCAGUUUGAAGCAAUGGAACCACAGACCGUAUUCAGAUCGAUGCGUAUGACGGAUCUGGAUACAACUCCUAUACCGUUGUCUCAGAGUUUUUAUACUGCCCAACCAUCAAAGAUUCCGGUACCGUCGCAGAUGAAGAAGAAAGAGGAGACACCUACAAUGGCUAUGGAGGUAAAGAAACGAUUCGAUCGUAAGUCUGGAAAACCGUCACAAGCUAAGCCUAGAGGUAGCUGUUUUAAGUGUGGUCAGCCGGGUCACUUUAGGAAGGAUUGCCCGCUGAAUAACAAUGAUGCGUUAGUACUGGAUGUGGUCAGCACUGGUAAUAGUACUAAUGGAGGACAAGAACCUGGAUUGCCACCUCUUCCCAGUCAUGGAAAUGGUUCGUUGGUUGCCAUGAUUCAAUUGAAUGGCAGACUUACUCGAUGUUUGAUUGACACGGGUGCUGGUGUAUCUAUAGUUUCUCAGGAACUGAUAGAUCUGGUUGGUGCAAAAGUGGAGCCGGUGAUGGUCAGAAUCAAUUCUGCGAAUUUGACCAGAUUACAUAUCGUUGGUAAAGCGGUUCUGAAUUGUGUUCUUAGCCCUCGUGAAAAGUAUUCUCUGCAUGUAUAUGUUUCCAGUAACUUGAUGUAUCGUAGUAUCAUUGGAAGGAAAGACCUUGCUACAUGGAAAGCUAAGUUAGAUCUAUGUUCCAACACUUUAACUACUCGUAGAUCUGUACUUACGUUAUAUAUCGAUAUGCCAAUUCCCUAUGCCAAGCAGUCAGAUGGUGUCCGUGAAGUUCUCUCUACUGAUGAGCCGACCGCUGUUAAGUCCGUCUGGAAGGAAGCUGAUCCGUUCGCUGAAGUGCUGCAUUCCAAAAUCGAUUGUUGUGUCAUAGAGUCGACUGUACCUAAGAAGGAUCCGCAUCGUGAACGUAAAUGUUUUAGUUUUGGUGAUAAGUCCGAUAAUGAGAAGAUGCAUGAAUUCAUGUUGGAAUACUUGGAACGUGGUAAAUAUGAAUCUCUGUUCGUCAAUAAGUUGGAACAACCUGGUAAGAUAACUGGUAUGGAAUGUUCUAUUGACUUGGUAAAGGAUGGUGAAAAAUUAUUGGUAAGUCAACAACCCUAUCGUACUGGUAUUAAGGAAAAGAAGAUUAUAGAUGAAGCUGUGGAUGAUAUGCUGAAGAAAGGUAUUAUAUCGGAAUCUAAUAGCUCUUAUGCAUCGCCGGUGGUUCUCAUUCCUAAGCCAGAUGGGGAGGUUCGUUUCUGUGUCAACUACAAGAAAUUGAACAACUUAACCCGUCCUCUUGUGUAUCCGUUUCCUCAUGUGGAUGACAUCUACUCUGCUCUACAACAUGCUUCUGUGUUUAGUAUAUUGGAUUGCGCGGCGGGGUACCACCAGAUUCCUGUCCGAGAAGAAGAUCGCUGGUUGACUGCUUUCACAACACAUCGUGGUGUUUACGAAUUCAAUGUUAUGCCGUUUGGUCUGAAAAAUGCGCCGGCAUUGUUUCAGAAGGAUGACAUUAUUAUAUUUAGUAAUGAUGUAGAAUCACACAUCACACACCUUGACAAAAUUUUACAAAUUUUAUUCAAAAAUAAUGUUCAAUUAAAUCGUAAAAAAUCCAAAUUUUUUCGUACAAGUGUGAAAUUUUUGGGUCACAUCAUUAAUAAUGGUAGUAUUUCAAUUGACCCAGAUCGUAUAAAUAGUAUUAUAAACCUACCACAACCAACAAAUGUUAACCAAUUGCAGAAAUUGCUUGGUAUUCUUAAUUAUAAUAGAAAAUUCAUAAUAAAUUUUGCAUCUAUUGCCGCACCUCUACACAGAUUAUUAAAUAAGGACACUCGUUGGGAGUGGUCAGAGGAGUGUAAGAAUGCGGUCAAAACUAUCGUUGACCGUAUGAAAGAUAGUGGUAUUCUUAAAAUACCCGACCUUAAUAAAGAGUUUGUUUUAGAAACCGAUGCAAGUGGUGUUGGUAUCGGUGGUGCGUUAUUUCAGAAUGGAAUGUUAGUUAGUGCAUAUAGUCGUAAACUUACAGCUGCCGAGAAGAACUAUCAUUCUGGUGAAUUAGAAUGCCUAAGUUUGGUAGACAGUGUGAAACAUUUCAGACACAUUUUAGGUUCUGCUUUCUUUACUGCCGUCACUGACAACCAAGCUUUGAAGGUGUUAAAUGACAAGUCUCCUAAGAACGCUCGUAUCCUACGUUGGAGUAUGUUCUUGCAAGGAUUCAACUAUGUCAUUCGUUAUAGAGCUGGUAAACAUAAUGACUUUGCCGAUGGAUUGUCCCGUUUGCCUGUAGAUAGAGAUGAGUUAUGA